AUGUGCAAGGUCUGGGAUGCUCUCGAGGUUGCCGCGCUACGUGAAGCAUUCAGCGGCGCCUCGCGGACUUCGAGCCGAAUUGAAAGGGUGCCAUGGGUGGUUGAGAGCAAUUUUUCGGUGAGAGACGUGGACACCAGCAAGGUCACUGUCUGCGGUUCAGCUUCGGUCGCCUCUGCAGCACCACCGCCACCUCGGGGGUAUGCUCCAUUGCCCAGCAGCGCCGACAGUAUGCUCCCUGUACGUUACAUGGGUCCACAGGCUAUUGAUGAUAAGCCCACAGGCAGACGGGGCAGGCUCUUCGAGACCAUGGACAGCAUCUUCCACGUCACGGCAGCAGUGCAGCACAGCACAUCACAACAAAACGACGGCAGCACAGUCACGACAGUACGGUCUCUUCUCCAAGCGCUGGCGAUGAAGCCGGCGACACUGAUGAAAAGAUAG